AAAAGAAAUCUCACUUUCGAUUCGAAUCGCAGUGAGCUGCAAGGAUUUUAGUCGUUUGCGGAACAGUAGUUUAACGAGAAAUUUGAAGUGAUAAUUUUCGCAAUAAACUCUACUUAUUUGACCGAAAAUAACCACCGCAUUUAGCAAACAAUGUGCGCGUGAGUGUUGCGAUGGCAUCGAACAAUUUCGCGAAAUCGAACAAAGUCCUGAAAGGAUUAUCUCAUCAUCAUCCGAUGACCCAGGAUGACGAUACCAAUGAAAAUCAAUACUUCUACGAAGACGAGAUUUUCUGCAUCGAUGGCAAGGGUCGUGUCAAGUUUGGCCUAGUGCUGGAGAACUACGAGGUCAGUGAGGAGGAAGGCUUCGAGGAAGAUGCACUGAAGAAGGGAGAAAUUCGAGCUUGCUGGCAUCCGGACGGACUCGAGGAAAUUGUUGAGCAGAACAAGGUUGGUCUUGCCGAUCGAACACUCAUGCCAGGAGAUGUGGUGCGUAGGAUGAUUCCAGGGAAGGACACCCAGCGGGGUUAUUGUCAUGAAAUAUUCGUAAAAGCAGAUGUAAAGGUUGUUGGCACUAAAUAUGUAAUCAAGAAUGUGGCUUCGGAUCGUCUGCGACCGCUGAUGAGUAUGCCAAAGGAUAAUGCCGUAUGUCUUGAUUCUUGGGUCGGCAGCACCAAGAAUAUAAACGAAAAGUUGGUGCUAAAAUCCCAGUGCGGUUCGUUGGUGGAAAUUCGCCCGGACAUAGACUACUGCACGCUGAAGGACAGCGACACGCGUUUCCGCUGUGGAUAUUUCUCCGGAACUCUGUUCUAUCCGGGCCAGAUGUUGGUGGGGCCAAUUAGCGAACUGGAAAACGCAAAAUGGCUCAAUACGUCGGCAGAGAUGAAACUCAGCCGGAAGCACAAGAUGAUUGACCGAAAGUUCACGGUUCAAACUGUUGAGCUGGAGGGAGUUUGGGUUCACUGGCAGUGCAAGGCAUCCUGUGAGGAUAUUGAGAACGACCUGAAGGAAGGUGGCAUUCAGCAGCCACCGGAUUAUAUAGCGGGUGAGGAUCUCAAGAGGCUCAAAAAGUUGAAUCUGUUCGAGUCUUGCAUGCUGCAAAUUAACGACAAAAAUUAUCUGAAGAUCGUGGAAUCGGAUUUGUUAUGCAACAAGAGCCAGUGGCGGAAGGAGCUUAGUUUGAAAUAUAAGAAAAUGAUGAGUCUGAGUGCGAAGCAAUCUGCGAAAUCGGAAGAAGUGCUAUGUGAUAAUCAAAAUCAUAAGAUAACAAUUACGAACACUGGUGGUAGGAAAGAGGCGGAGAAUAGUUCCCGAGAGAAGGCCGAAACAGACAGAGCGAAAUUGUGUCCAAUUGCUAGCAAGGAAAGUACUAAAUUAGGGAAAACAAGAAGAAAUUCACCUCGGCGUCCAAAUGCUAAUGGGACAUCGACGGCGUGCAAGUUGGCCGAGAGUGAUGAAUGGCAGACUGAUCCAGACGACGAUAUCGACGAUAAAGCAGAUGGUUGUGAUUCCAAUGCGUCCGAUGGAGGAGGCAGCACCAUAUCAUCUUGCUCAAGCAACGCUACCCCAAAGGGUAGUCCAAAGAAAUCGCCCCUGUUAGCGAAAAAAAUUAGGAAGUUGAAAAAAAAAUCAACUUCUUCCCACAACUGUGAUCGCAAGCCCACUGUAGGAGACGAGGUUAUAACCGAAACGCUGGUCGUUUACAGCACUGCCACGGUUGUAUGGCAGGAUGGCACAAUAGAAACCAACAUUCCCUCCACCGAGUUGUGUCCUAUUCAUCAUCUCGAUGAUCAUGAAUUCUUUCCAGGCGACUUUGUCCUAGCCGGUAAUACCGAUCCGUCGUGCAAUCCAUCAUUCCGUGAUUAUGGUGUUAUCCAGAAUGUAGAUCACCAUGGUAGAACAGCUAGGGUGAAGUGGUUUAGCACGUACACAUGCUCGAACGAACCUCAACCGACUUACAAUGGGGAAUCGGAGGUUAGUGUAUACGAUCUGAAGGAUCAUCCUGAUUUCCAGUAUAGGCCCGGAACGAUUGUUAUUCGGGUGGCCAAUUUCAAAGGAAACGAUUCCAACUGUAGUGCUGGCCAAGUAAUUGACAACUACCCGAACGGGAUGGUGAAAGUGUGGUGGGUCGAUGAUCACGUCAGCAUGUGUUGGCCCCAAGACAUUUUCGAAGUGGGACAGUACGAUUCGGAGAACAACUUCUGGGGCAACGAGGACUCGGAUAACAACUCAUGGGAAACGGAGGACGAAACAUCCGAAUUUGGUAGCCAGUCGCCGCAACGGGUUUCGAAGCCGAAACUAACGGCUAACUUGGAGCGGGCGCGUGUUGCCAUGGCUCGCCUAGAAGAACUCUUCAUCAUCAAUCCCCAUUUGCAGAAUCAGGAAAUCAUGAAAAAACUAAUGAUGGUGUACAAAAAGUGUCGAUAUUUGGAUCGAUUGAUGAGCACAACAUUCUUCCACGAGGAACAUUUCAUGGGCCUAGUGGAACGAGUACGCAAAUCCAAUAACCAAACUACGGCAGAGCGAGUGCAAGAUCAAAAAAAUAGGCUUUUCAAUCAAAAUGGCUCAAAAUCAACCACUCCUACAGCAGAAACACCCAGCACGGAACAAAAGCUCCCUUCCAACAGCAACAAUAGCAUUUCCUCGAGCAUGGGUUCGUGUGCAGUUCUUAGUUCGAUAAAGUUGUCUCCCCAUUAUCCGUCCACUGUAUCAACGUUUAGAAUUCCAAAUGAAAACAAUGUGUCCACUUCAUCAGACAUCUCGAGUGUCGAUGACAAUCAAAUCAUCACCUCGCAAUCCUCGCAAUCGUUCGGAUGCGUGACUAAAGAUUCCGGCAAUUUCUCCGCCAAAAGCGAGGGAGAAAGUAUGGAGAAUAAACAUUCCACUACCGAGAAUGGUGGCAACGAUUCACUGUUGAAUGCAGAGCUCGAUAAUGUUAACAACCUGUACAUGAACAUUAGUGACGACAUGAACAACACCAGCUCGAUGUUCAGUUUCUCACCGCAAGCCGAGAACGUGUCAGCGAAGCUUUGCUCACUAAUCAAAGCACAGUUGGUGAAAGCAUUACAAGAGAUCAACCAGCGAUACAGUCAGUCUGAUCCCUUCAAGGAAAUUAUAAUCGAGGAAAUUGAACUCAUUACACCACCUCCUAGUUCCAGACCUGUGUCGUCCACUCCAUCCCAGCAGCCAUCGUCCGUCAAUACACCCACCACCAGCCAGCCGGAUUUGAAUGACACGAUUGACGAAUCGGCAUCGGCUCAAAACAUGGAGUUCAAUUUCAUUGAAAGUUUCCAAGUGCUGGAUACAGCACCAAGUACCCACAAGUAUCACCUCACAGUAUUUCAAACCAACAACGCACAAAGUUUCUACAAAGCGGUUCAACGUGAACAUAGGCUACUCCGAACCGCACUGCCUCCGGGGGUUUGGGUGCGAACAUUCGAAGACCGACUAGAUUUGCUUAGCGUUAUGAUUGAAGGUCCCAAAAAGACCCCGUAUGAGGAUGGGUUGUUCCUGUUCGACAUUCAACUUGGCCAGGAUUAUCCCACCGCUCCACCACUGUGCCACUAUAUCAGCUACUGCUCGGAUCGUUUAAAUCCUAACCUCUACGAGGACGGAAAGGUGUGCGUGUCAUUGCUAGGCACAUGGUCUGGUCGCGGAACAGAGGUGUGGGGCCCGAACAGUACCCUCCUGCAAGUAAUCGUUUCGAUCCAGGGCCUAAUUCUAGUGGAUGAGCCUUACUUCAAUGAGGCCGGCUACGAAAAGCAACGGGGAUCGCAGCAAGGGCGUGAGAAUUCUCGGAUGUACAAUGAAAUGGUGCUACUGAAGCUGGUACAAUCGAUGACGAAGCUGAUCACCAACCCGCCGGAAGUUUUUGGUGAGCAGAUUCUCGCGCACUUCCGGGCGUGUGGCGAAGGCUUGUACCAACGAAUCAAAUACUGGAUGGAUUUGUCGAACGAUGCAAAUAGCACAGCCACUGCCGACGCCGCUAAUCCUGAUCCUCCAGCCAAAAUUAUUGUACCUUUUUCUGCGCCGUCGUUGUCAUCGCCAUCAUCCUCAACUGGUUGCGCGAGCUCAGCAACUGUCAUGCCUGAAUUCCCACUGAUUCCAGCUAGCCGAGGAUUUUGUCUUACUUUGGUGGGACUGUUGGAGAACUUUAAAAAAACACUCAAAUCAAUCAGCACUUUCAGUUCAAAGCAAUAAACUUAACCACGUAAAAUACUGUGCCUAUAUAAAAUCAAUUAUAUAAACAAUAAAAAUUGCAAAUACGGAUGAAUGCUUCAACAAAAACGACGGGUUGAAAGAUCACUAAAACAUAAAUAUUUUAGGAUCAACAUUUUAAUGCCUCUGCGACCCCAAUUCUGCGAUCAGCAUAGAACCAUUUUAAAGGCUGCUUAAAGCUGAAGAGAAGCACUAUCCGCACACAGACAUUACGAUUAGGCAGAAGCGAAUGAUCGUUUUACAACUUGAAUGCAGGCAAAAUUAGGCGAUGAUUAGACUUGUAGCGUUGACGCCGGAUUCAAUCGCAUACUCGUAGAAUAUGUAGACGCAAUUUUAGGCUGCAACUAAUUCCGACUGGCAGAUAUGCUAGAUACUGCAAGACUUUGUUAGUGCCGGUUUUAAAAGUAUCAAACAACACUAGAUUUCAGAUUUAAUCUCUUCUAAAUGUUUAGACAGGAAUGGAUUCAUUGCUUAGGUUUGAAAAAUCCUGAAUGUCGAAGGUUUACAUCGAUGCGAAGGCUAUUGGAAUUGGAACAAAAACAAAUUUACAGUUCACUGUUAAUAGCUGCUUUGUUAAAAUGUGAAAUAGCGAAGAAAAAAUUGAAAGCACAAACAUGGCUUGUACUGGUAUUGGAUACGCCCGCUCUCUACGAUUUAUAACUCUUUGAAUUGGAUCACGCGAAACAGGAUAUUGUAGUAGUGCUGGGCGAUAGCGAAUAAAUAUUUCAUCUAUGAGAAA